GUGUGUGGUACUGCAGGCUGCAACAUGAAGACACUCAACACUCCGAACACCGGGCUGCUGCAGGGGACUGGAUCCAGCCUCCGCUCCACCGUGCAGGAUCCUCCCUCCGUCCCCCGGCCAUCCAGGUCUCGAGUGGAAAGACAACUUCAAAUCAUCUCCGUGUUACAUUGGGUCAUGACCGUCUCUAUAGGAGGGGUGGCCUGCACCGCGAUCCUCCUCUACCUCUUCUGCACGGACUGGUGGCUCAUCGCUGCGUUAUAUCUGGCCUGGCUCGUGUUUGACCGGAAAACCCCUAGUAAAGGUGGCAGACGAUCCACGUGGUUUAGGAACUGGGCUGUGUGGCGCUACUUCAGGGACCACUUUCCGAUACGGCUGGUCAAAACCCACAACCUGCUUCCCAGUUGCAACUACAUCUUCGGCUACCACCCCCACGGUGCCAUUGCUCUGGGCUUGUUUUGCAACUUCGGUACCGAAGCCACCGGCUUCUCCAAGAAGUUCCCCGGUAUUAAGCCGUCCGUGACCACAUUGGAUGGGACCUUCAGAAUGCCGGUUGUAAGAGAAUACCUAAUGUCUGCAGGACACUGCUCUGUGAGCCGUCAGUCCAUUGACUACAUCCUCUCCAAAAAGGGAACCGGAAACGCCGUGGUGAUAGCGAUCGGAGGCAUCGCAGAGUGCCUGGACUGCAUACCGGGGAAAAACUCUGUGACUCUAAAGCAGAGGAAAGGAUUUGUGAAGGCUGCACUACAGCAUGGGGCUAAUCUGGUCCCAGUUUAUUCCUUUGGAGAGGACAAGGUUUAUAAACGAAUUGUGUUUGAAGAACAUUCUUGGGGCCGACGGCUAAAGAAAAAAUUCGGGAAACUCAUUGGACUUCUUGAAUGUUUAUUCUAUGGUUGUGGGUUCUUCUCCACAGACAGCUGGGGCUUUGUGCCAUAUCCCAUUCCCAUCACUACUGUGGUUGGAGAACCCAUUGCAGUCCCUAAAAUGGAGCAGCCGACUCAGAAGGACGUGGACCUCUACCACGGCAUGUACGUGACGGCUCUUCAGAAGCUCUUUGACAAGUACAAGACCGAGUUUGGAUUGUCUGAGUCUGAUGUGUUGGAAAUCAUGUGAAGCCACUUCAGACUACGACCAAACCAUGUUCUCUAUUCGUUUAUUGCAUUUUUUGUAGAAGUCGAUGUAAAUAUAUGAUUAUGUUGCUUCUAGAAGGUACUGGGCACUUUAAAUUGCCUUUCAAAAAGGUGAACUUUGAGGUCAGCCAAUCAGCCGGUGUCCAUGAAGCAGGUGCCUGAAUGUGAAAAUGAAUAACCCCUCCCCAAUAUAUUAAACGCCUGAUUAUAUGUUAAAUGUAGGUCAAAAACAUGUUGUGGAGUUUUUGUGGACACAGCCUUAGUG